AUGCGCUGCUUCGAGUGCUUCUACAAGUGUUUCGGGCGCAGCGACUCGCUGUCGACGCCCAAGGGCGACGGCGGCAGCGAGCCCGCCGCAGUCACCACAACCAGCGCCACCACGGUCGAGGAAGUGUCCGUGUCCGUGGCCUCCGCCCCCGCCUCAGGCUCAACUGCUGCUGCUACGUCCACGCCCACGGGCCAACGCGGCCGCGGCAAGGUGACGGACGCCUACACGCUGGGCAAGGUCAUCGGCUCCGGGUCGUACUCGGUCGUGCGCGAGAGCGUGCACAAGAAGAGCAAGCAAAAGUUCGCCAUCAAGUGCAUCAAGCGCUCCGAGCUGUCCGAGGAGGACGACGAGGCCAUCCAGUUCGAGGUGUCCAUCCUGCAGCAGAUGAAGCACCCGCACAUCAUGACGCUCGAGGAGUUCUUCGUCGAGCCCGAAUACUACUACCUCGUGACCGAGUUCGUGGGCGGCGGCGAGCUCUUUGACCGCAUCGUCGAGAAGACCUUCUACACGGAGAAGGAGGCGCGCGAUCUCGUCAAGAUCCUCAUCGACGCCAUCAAGUACUGCCACGACCAGAACGUCGUGCACCGAGACCUCAAGCCCGAGAACCUGCUGCUCAUGUCGGCGGACGACGACGCCAGCAUCAAGCUCGCGGACUUUGGCUUCGCCAAGACGGUGACCAAAGACGACUCUGGACUGGUCACGACCUGCGGCACGCCCGGGUACGUCGCCCCCGAGAUCUUGGAGGGCGCGUCCUACGGCAAGCCCGUGGAUAUCUGGAGUAUCGGAGUCAUCACGUACAUCUUGCUGGCCGGGUACCCGCCGUUCCACGACGACUCGCAGCCGCUGCUGUUCAAGAAGAUCCGCAAGGGCAAGUACUACUACGACUCGCCCUACUGGGACAACGUGUCGACAGACGCCAAGGAGUUCAUCUCCAAGAUGCUCGUGGUGGACCCCAAGAACCGAGCCACGGCGGGCGAGCUGCUGCAGCACAAGUGGAUCACCGGAACGGACGUGGCCACCGUGCCGCUGACCAGCGCGUUGACCGAGCUGCGGCGCUUCCACGCGCGCAAGAAAUUCAAGGCGGCCGUGCAUUCCGUCCAGGCCACGAUCAGUAUGAACAAGGCGCUCUCGGGGCUCGGCGAGUCUGCGAGGAACAGCAACUCCGCAGUGUCUCUUUAG